GUCCUACAAUUAUCGAUAAAUCCAACAGUAUCCAGAUUUUGGCAACCCUGGCAGUGUUGGGUCAAAAAAGGGAAAAAUUAAUAAGACGCUGAAUUUGUUUUGUUUACAUAUAUUAAUGAAAAAUGCCGGAAUAUGUGCUGUGCAGAAUUUGCCUUACAGAAGAUAUCAACUCGGAUACAAUGACUCCGCUAUUUGAUGAUCAGGACGAUGGGCAGUGUUGUGAGCUUCGCCGUAAAAUUGAGGAAGUGAGCAGCAUAAAGUUGGCUCCAUUGGAUAUUCCGAGUAUGCUAUGUUACAGCUGUGUGGACCGUCUGACCCAUGCUUUUAAGUUUCGUGAACUUUGCCAGGCUAGCGAACGGACCUUUGCCAGCAACGUUGUAAAGUCUGAAAUGAAAUUGGAGCCCACAGAUGAGCAUACCAUCGGUCAUCACCAUCAAAUUGAAUACAUCUACGAGACAACCAAUGAAUAUAUUGAAACUGAUGGAGACAUUGAAUUUCUUGAAGAGCCUUUGGAUGAGAUGGUGGGAACAGAGGGGGCUACAGCUACUGGAGAGGAAUCCGAAAUUGAGCAUGUUAUUGGCGAUACUCUGGCCGAAGAUGAAGGUCUAGCUGAUCAUGAUGAAGAUGAAAAUACGGAAGAAGAUGAAGAUAAGAAUGAAGAAGAUGAAAAUGAGUUGCUUGUUAUGGCCCAUGGCAGUGACAGUGACUAUGAUCCCGAUGACAAUUUACGCAAGUCUAGGUUACGAGUACGCAGGCCCAAACGUCUAAUUUCUAAAAGGGGACGAGGCAGACCCCGUAGCUGUCACGCCCCUCAUGAAAAGUCAUCACUUGCUGGUAGCGCUGUUGCUGGCAAAGUCCCUGAAGAAACCUCUACAAACAUAAUGUGCGAAAUAUGCGGAAAUAUUUACUCCAGGCGGGCUGCUUUAAAUAUUCAUAUGCGUCGCCAUCUUGCCGAAAAGCCAUUUGAAUGCGAAAUUUGUAGCAAAACAUUUGCCGGACCAUCAGAGCUAAAUCGUCAUAUACGCGUUCACACAGGCGAAAAGCCAUUUACCUGUAAAUACUGUUCCCGAUCCUUUGCUGAUCGCAGCUCCAAUAUACGUCACGAGAGAACUCAUACAAAUGAGAGACCGUUCACGUGCUCAACAUGCGGCAAAUCAUUUUCCUAUUCAAACGUCCUCAAGAAUCAUAUGCUGACCCACACAGGAGAAAAACCUUUCUUAUGUAUACCGUGCAAUAAAACCUUUUCCCGCAAACAUCAGCUUGAGCAGCAUGUUGGCACCAUGACGCACCAGCAAACAGUGAGAUCCCAUCAGAGCAACCCCACAGAGAUGUUAUACUAGUCAACAGAAUCAGCAUCAAAUUAAACCCCUAAGGUACAUCAAAAUAUUAUGUUGUAAAUAAAAAUUAAGAUAUUGUACAAAUCGUCA